AUGGAAGAAAAUAAAGGUUCUGAUUCAAAAAAAAAAAAGGAAAACGUAAAAUUUUCCAAAUUUGUGACAUCCUUAAGUUUUAUGAAAAAAAAUAGAGAUCAAGAAGAAAAUGUAAAAAAGAAAAUCAAAUAUUCUAAUGAUGAUCAUAUAUGGAUAUUAAAAGAAUUUGAAGAAAGUGGUAAUGAGUAUAUAAGAAAUAAAUUAUUACAAAAAAAUAAAAGUAAUGUUUCUUUAAAUUGUAUGGGAAGAAAAUCAUAUAAGAAUUAUAAUAAUUAUGUAAGUUUAUAUAAUAUAGAAAUUAAAAAAUUUAUAAAUUCGGUAAAAAAAAAUAAGCCUAUAAAUUCAUUAAAAGAAUGA